CACACCAGUCUCGAUUGCGAGGAUGCGGUGAUUUAUCUAUUCUCCUGAAGAUUAAAGGCAAUACGAAAGGGAAAUGGACGGAAAUGAGAGAUUAAGCUACACAGGGCUGCUUCAGAAGAGAAUGGAACCAGGUGAGCCUUUGGAAGUGUCUGCUGAUAGCAGGACAUGGAGGGGUGCCUUUGUCAGUGGACUGUGUCGCUACAGGCUGAAAGACAUCUUUACCUGGCAUCUCCUCAAGGUGAUGGCCAUGGGUCAGGCUCUGUCCAUGUUGAUAUGCGGGACAGCAAUCACUUGUCAGUAUCUGGCUGAGAGCAAAGUGGAGACACCGAUGCUCCAGAGCUUUUUAAAUUACGGCCUGCUCCUCCUGACCUACACCACCAUGCUGGCUUGCAGAAAAGGGGAUGAAAAUAUUUUGCAGAUUUUGAAGACAAAAUGGUGGAAGUAUUUUCUGUUGGGACUUGCAGACGUUGAGGCAAAUUACACCGUAGUGAAGGCAUACCAGUUCACAACACUAACAAGUAUACAGCUGCUAGACUGCUUUGUGAUCCCGGUGCUGAUGGUGCUGUCCUGGAUAUUCCUGAAGACCCGAUACAGGAUGGUGCACUACGUGGCUGUGGGAAUAUGUCUCCUGGGGGUCGGGGCUAUGGUCGGGGCCGAUCUUCUGGCGGGACGAGACCAGGGCUCCACCAGCGAUGUUUUGUUAGGGGACGGUCUGGUGCUCAUCAGCGCCGCCUUCUAUGCUGUCUCCAACGUGUGCCAGGAGUACACGGUGAAGAACCUGAGCCGCACGGAGUUCCUGGGCAUGAUGGGGCUCUUCGGCACCCUGAUCAGUGGGAUUCAGCUAUCCAUUCUGGAGCACAAAGCUGUAGCUGUGAUCACAUGGGACUGGACUAUUGUUCUGCUUUUUGCCACCUAUGGCCUCUGCAUGUUUGCCCUCUACAGCUGCAUGCCUGUGGUCAUGAAGUUGACCAGUGCCACGGCAGUCAACCUCUCCCUGCUGACGGCUGACCUCUUCAGCCUGUUUUGCGGACUCUUCCUCUUCCACUACACUUUCUCGGGUCUGUACAUUGUGUCGUUUGUGGUCAUCACCGUGGGCUUCAUCAUGUUCAAUGCCGUGCCGACGUUCACACCUGUCCCUGCGGCCGAAUCCAACGAGGGAGGGUCCGAGAGUCCCACUGACGAGGACGAUGGUGAGAAACCCGAAAGCGCCCUGGAGCUUCCCUCUGACGAGUCUCAGCAGGAAGAAGGGGCGGAAAGCGUGCACAUUGGGAUGCAGUGGGAAGAGAGUGAGCAGCAGACACAGACUGCAGAAAAAAGAUACAGCAGCACCAAGAUAUAGCACUUCUCAUGGCAGGGGAGAUCUGUUUCCUUUUUUUUAGCAUGUGGCAUUCUUU